AUGCGUGUCUGCGUGGUUGGGGCAGGAGCUUCUGGCCUGCCAGCCAUCAAGGCUUGUCUGGAAGAAGGACUUGAUGUUGUUUGUUACGAGAAGACUGCAGAUAUAGGAGGACUCUGGAAUUAUAGACCUGGACAAGAAAACAUCGGUGGCACCGUCAUGGAAAGUACAGUAGUCAACACAUCGAAAGAAAUGAUGGCAUACUCGGAUUUUCCCCCACCAGCAGAAUAUGCAAAUUUCAUGCAUCAUUCCAAAGUCAUCGAAUACAUUAAAAGUUAUGCAGAGCAUUUUGGAUUGACGAAGCAUAUCCGAUUCAACACACCAGUGAAGAGAAUAUCGAGAAACGAAGAGAACAAAUAUAUUGUCUACUUGCAUAAUGGAGAAAUUGAAGAAUUCGAUAAAUUGAUGUUGUGUACUGGACAUCACGCACAGCCAUCUUAUCCAGAACUCAAAAAUUUGGACAAGUUCAAGGGACAAGUCGUGCACGCCUACAAUUACACAAAUACUAAAGGAUAUGAAGGAAAAGACGUUUUUCUUCUGGGAAUCGGGAAUUCUGCUCUCGAUAUUGCAGUCGACAUUGCAAAGAUUGCAAAAUCAGUUACAAUCUCCACUCGCAGAGGAACUUGGAUAUUCAACAGAGUCAGUCAGGGUGGCAUGCCGUAUGAUGUUCAACUAUUCUCCCGUUAUUACGACAUUCUUCUCAAAAAACUUCCUCACACAAUCGCCAACGAUUUCAUGGAGCAUCGUCUUCAGCAGAGAAUGGAUCAUGAUGUGUACGGACUCCGCCCAGAUCACAGAUUCUUCCAGCAACAUCCAACUGUAAACGAUGCGUUAGCUAAUCUUUUGUGUGCUGGAUAUAUCACAAUCACUGAGGAUAUUGAUACAUUCACUGAGAAUAGUGUGAUAGUGAAAGGAGGAAGAGAAUUCAAAUGUGAUAUCUUUUUGACAUGCACUGGAUACACUUUCGGAUUCCCGUUUGUCGAUUCGGAUAUUGUUGAAAUCAAGAACCAACAAGUUCCCCUUUACAAGUAUGUCUUCCCUCCAAAUAAUGACAGUGUCGCAGUGAUCGGGCUCAUCCAACCAAUUGGAUCAAUUGCUCCAAUCGCAGAAAUUCAAAGCAGAUGGGCGGCUCGAGUGUUUGCAGGAAGAUGUGAUCUACCGUCGAGUCAAGAUCAAAUCAAUGACAUUCAUAAGAAGAAGGCAGCUAUGAAGAAAAGAUAUUUCGACAGUAUCAAGCACACAAUUCAAGUGGAUUACAUGACAUAUAUGGAUGAAAUCGCUGAAAUAAUCGGAUGUUUACCACCAAUGAAUCAAUAUCUCUUCUCAUAUCCGAGAUUUUGGAUGAAGUUGUUCAUGGGUGCCAAUGUACCGUAUGUCUACCGAUUGGUUGGACCACACUCAUGGGAAGGAGCUGAGCAAGCGAUUUGGACAGUCCCGGAUAGAGUGAAGAAGCCGUUGAAGAAUAGACAGUGCAGAACUAGAAAGCAUAAGAAGAGAGGAACCACGGACGAAUACUUCCGUUAUGCCACUCAAAAAGUGAUUGCUACCAACAUCUCAAUCCUCUUCUGUUCUGGACUUCUUCUCUAUUGCUCCACAACUUCAACUCUUCCUCCAGUCGUCUAUUUCCUCUCAUUCUUCCUUUUCUUCACUCUUUACGGUGCCACUCUUAUGUGGUUUGACCUACAGUAUGACAUGACCACAAUCUUCUAA